AUGUCGUACAAAUUACGAGAAGAGAUAGAUGAAGCAAUAGCUAGCAUUGAUUUUGAUCAACAUCAAGAAACUGAAAAUACCACAACCCAUGAUAAAGAUUUAAUAGAUCCUGAACUUUCUGCACAACUUCAUAACACCGAAGAAAAUCAUGAUAAACAACUCGAAAACAAUGGUGCUGAACAUGAUUUAAUUGAUCCAAGUUUACAGCAGGAAUCUUCAGAUAACGUGUUGGUGGAUCCAGAAUUGCACCACCAAGAACAACAACAAGAACAACCGCAGGAACAACCGCAGGAACAACAGCAAGAACAACAACAAGAACAACAACAAGAACAACAGCAAGAACAAAAUGAAGAACAAAAGAGAGCUGAAUCUGCUUUACAAAAUGAAAUUGAUGAAUUAUUUGAACAAUCUAUUCAACCAACUAAGGAAGAUAUUGCUGAUAAUACUGAAAAUGAUAAUAGUAAUAAAAGAACUCAUGCUGAAGUUGAAAAUGAUCAAGAAGAUCAAGGCGAAAAAAGACAAAAAGUAGACGAAGAGGAAAUACAACUUCCGGUAUUAAGUCUACCAGAAGAGCCAGCCAAAGAGACCCAAACCGAAUCAGAAGAAAUUAAUAAGAGUGCAGGAACAGAACCUGAAAAGCUGGAAGAAACAAAUGAUGUUUCAGAACAGGUUGAGACCACGCCAGGGAACCAGCAAGAGGAACCAUCAAGCCAAACCCAGCCAGACAAGGCAGAAGAAAUAGCAAAUGACGCUGUUGUACCGUCUGAACAAGAAGAGAAUCAGAUUCAACCAAUGGAAGUAGAAGACGCUGAAAGUUCAAAUAAGGAUAUUGAUUUACAAGAACAACCUCAAGAAAAGGAAGCUCAAAUUGAAUCACAAGAAAAGGAAGGCCAAUCAGAAGCCGUGACUGAAUCUUCAGAGAAACCAGCAGAAGUAAACGAGCCUUCACUAGCAACAGAAAUCAACGAGAAAGAAGACCUUGAAAUGAUUGCAACUGAACUAGAGGUGGCCACCGACUCAAACAAAGAGAAAAGGGCAGCUGAAACAGAAGCGGAAAUAGAAGCAGCACCUGUUCCAGAACAAACACAACAACCAGAAAUUCAACACGAACAGAACAAAUCAAACGGAGAGAUUAAUAACAACGAAGAUGAAGAACAGGAAGUGGAAUCAGACGUUGCUUCUGGUAUCCCAUCCAAUUCCGAGUUGCUUAAUACAAACACUGCAUACGCUGCAUACACCACACUUUCAACACAAUUGGAGCAACAUUCUCAGGCCACAGCUAUGUUAUCAUCAGCAACACUUGGUGCAUUGCCGUUAUCAAUAAUUGCUCCGGUUUAUUUACCUCCAAGAAUUCAAUUGUUGAUAAACACAUUACCAACGUUAGACAACCUUGCUACACAAUUAUUGCGUACAGUUGCUAGUAACCCAUAUCAGAAAAUCAUAGACUUGGCGUCGAAUCCAGAUACACCUGAAGGGGCAACUUAUAGGGAUUUGACAUCUUUGUUUGAAUUUACAAAAAGAUUAUAUAGCGAAGAGGAUCCUUUUUUGACGGUUGAGCAUUUAGCUCCUGGAAUGUGGAAAGAAGGAGACGAGACACCACACAUUUUCAAAUCAAAACAACAAAGUAUUGAAUCAACAUUACGUAAAGUGAAUUUGGCUACUUUCUUAGCUGCAACUUUGGGUACUAUGGAAAUUGGUUUCUUCUACCUUAAUGAAUCGUUUUUAGAUGUCUUUUGUCCGCUGAAUAAUUUAGAUCCUGCAAAUGCCUUAUCUAGUUUAGGAAGUUUCCAGAAUGGUUUCCAAAGCACUGAAAAUCCAAUUGGUGCAAAAAUUGGUAAAUUAUUGAAAACUCAGGCAUCAUUAUUUUUGGAUUUGAAAACUCAAGCUUACAUUUCUGCUAUUGACGCCGGGGAAAGGUCCAAAGAAGAAAUAUUGGAAGAUAUUUUACCUGAUAAUAUUAAUGAAUACUUGAUGUCAAGAAGAGAUGUGAGAAUAUUGACACCAACUGAAACCGACUUUAUUGUGAGAUGCAGACAAAGAAAGGAAUUGUUAUUGAAUUAUAAUUCUGAUACUCAUUUAAGUGAAGAAUAUGAAUGGUUCACAUUUUUAAGAGAUUUGUUUGAAUAUGUUAGCAGAAAUAUGGGUUACUUGAUUUGGGGUAGAAUGGGUAAAUCAGUCAGAGAUAGAAGAGAAAACACCCCUCAUACCCAAGACUUGCUUGCCAGAACGGUGUCUAGUACAAGUGAUUCAACACCAUCAUCAUCUGGAGCCGGUUCUGGUUCCACAGCAACACGUCCUACAUCAUCAGGAAUUGGUCCAAAUGAAGUUGAUACUGAAAAAAUGUUGGUUUCAGAAAUGAGAGAAUCGUUAAUUCCAAUCGGACCAAGACCAUCACUGAGAAGACCAUGGACAAGAGAAGAAGAAAAAGCUUUGAGACAUGCUUUAGAAUUAAAGGGACCUCAUUGGGCUACGAUCUUAGAGUUGUUUGGUCAAGGUGGUAAGAUAUCCGAAGCAUUGAAGGGUAGAACUCAAGUUCAGUUGAAGGAUAAAGCAAGAAACUGGAAGAAAUUCUUUCUUAGAAGUGGGUUGGAAGUUCCUAGUUAUUUGCAAGGUGUGACUGGUGGUGUUGAUGAUAAUAAGAACAAGAAAUCUAGGAGAAAUACAAAAACAUCUGCUGCUCCAGUGCCAAAUGUACAGAAGCAAAAAGCAAAAUCCAAAGAAAAUGAGGCUGACAAGGAAUCUGAUAAAUCCAAAGAGAAGGAGAAUGAUAAAGAGAAAGAAAAUGAGAAUGGUCAAAAUACAGAAGGGGCCAGUAACGGCGAGAAAGAAGUAGAGAAGGUGAAUAACGAUAAAGAGACAGAAAAAGAGACCAAUAAAGAGACCAAUAAAGAGACCGAUAAAGAGACAGAAAAAGAGACUAAUAAAGAAACAGAAAAGAAUACAGAAAAAGAUGCAGAAAAAGAAACCGAAACAGAAAAGGAUAAAGAACCUGAAGCAGACAAAGAUGGUGGCAAAGAGAAAGAAGCCGAGAUUGAGACAGAUAAGGGUAGUAUGAAUAACACUGAGAAUGAAAAUGAGAAAGACAAAGAGGUUGAGAAGGAGAAUGAGAGCGUGUCAGAAAAGGCCACAGAAAGUAUAGAUUCUAACGAUAACUAA